ACUGAUCAUUCUAUUGAUCUCCAUAUUUCACUAGGUAGCUAGCGUUAAUCGUUUCUUGCCUUGGUUUCUUCAUUGCAGUUAGCAACAAGUGAUACAUUUGCUCAUGGACACUGUAAAUGCCAUCUUCAUUUACAUUUUCCUCUUGCUCUCAACUCUUCUCUCGUAUUAUUUCUUGGUGAGGAAGAGAAGAAGAGACGCUAAACGAGUUGCUCAGCUUCCUCCAGGCUCAAUGGGAUGGCCUUACGUUGGGGAAACUCUCCAAAUGUACUCUCAGGACCCCGAUGUCUUCUUCGCCGCAAAGGAAAAAAGAUAUGGAGAGAUAUUCAAAUCGCACAUACUCGGCUACCCUUGUGUGAUGCUAGCUAGUCCUGAAGCUGUAAAAUUUGUGCUUGUGACUCAUGCUUAUUUGUUCAAGCCGACGUAUCCCAGAGGCAAAGAGAAGAUGAUCGGCCCUUCAGCUCUAUUCUUUCACCAGGGACACUAUCAUACUCACCUCAGGAAGCUUGUUCAAACUUCAUUAGCCCCGGAAACGAUUAAGAAACUGAUUCCUGAUAUUGAAUCCAUUGCCAUUGCUAGCUUGGACUCAUGGGUGGCCAAUGAUGGACAAAUCAUCAACACUUAUAACGAGAUGAAGAAGUUUUCUUUUGAUGUUGGCAUUCUCUUCAUCUUUGGUAAUUUGGAUGGCAGCCAUAGAGAGAAGCUGAAGAACAACUAUAAUAUAGUAAACAAAGGCUACAAUUCUUUUCCCACAAACAUUCCAGGAACUGCAUAUCACAAAGCUCUCUUGGCAAGGAAAAGGCUGUGUAAGAUUGUGAAUGAGAUCAUCAGAGAGAGGAAGGAGAAAAGAAUAGUGAAGAAGGAUCUUUUGGGUCAUCUUUUGAACUCAAAAGAUGGAAAGGGGCAAGCUUUAACAGAGGAUCAAAUUGCUGAUAACAUAAUUGGAGUACUAUUUGCAGCUCAGGACACUACAGCUAGUGGUUUAACAUGGAUUCUAAAGUACCUUCUGGAUAACCAAAAACUUAUGGAAGAUGUAAAGGCAGAGCAAAAGGCCAUAUACGAAUCAAAUACAGCAGCAGGAAAGAGAUCCUUAACAUGGCAAGACACCAAGAAUAUGCUACUCACACAUACGUUGAUCCUGGAGAGUCUAAGGAUGGCAAGCAUCAUAUCUUUCACAUUCAGGGAAGCAGUAGUUGAUGUAGAAUACAGAGGGUACCUCAUCCCAAAGGGCUGGAAAGUGAUGCCAUUGUUUAGGAACAUCCAUCACAAUCCAGAAUUCUUCUCUGAGCCUAAAAAAUUUGACCCAUCUAGAUUUGAGGUAGCCCCAAAGCCUUAUAGCUUCAUGCCUUUUGGCAAUGGCUUGCACGCCUGCCCUGGCAGAGAACUUGCCAAGUUGGAGAUGCUCAUUUUAAUCCACCACCUCCUCACCAACUUCAGGUGGGACUUGGUGGGAUCUCAAAGUGGGAUUCAGUAUGGCCCAUUCCCAGUUCCUCAACAAGGGCUCCCAGCCAGAUUUUGGAAAGAAGCAAAAUCAUCAACCUGUGUCAAAUAACCUUAAUUUUCAAUUUCCAAACCAAACUCUACUAUUGUAAUUGUAGCUUUAAUUUCUAUAAGUGUGAAAGUUAACUACUAUUUAAUAAGCUUUAAGUAAGAGGAUUAUUGGAAUA